AUGUCCAGACACUCGAGACCGUCGAGAUCCCCCAAUCCACCCAUGAUUGACACUGACCGCACCUCCGAUCCGAGCUCGAACUCAAAAACGCCGUCUAGCGGUGUGUCCUCUCAGCAUUCCUCCCUCUCGGCCCUUCGAAAAUACAAUCCAGAUGCACACCCAAGGAGAAAGCUGCGGUCCCAGUACCCUAGAGGGGAGACGGAGAAUCAUGUGGAAUAUAUUCUUGUGGCCUCGUUUGAUAUCGAUAAGGGUCCGAUAAUGGAACAUCAGUUCCCUGUUGCAAUCACAGGGGACGAACACAUGCUGGCAGAAUUGAUGCUCCCAGAUCAAGCGCAUGUGCGUAACCAGGAUUGGACAAUUUUCUUUUUACAUAAAGAUACAAGUCAAGAGGAGGAAGAGACCGAGCUGAAGGCAGAGAAAAAGAGAAAGCGGCAACGAAGAAGAGACCGGGCUGCUGGCCUGUUAGAGCCUAACGAUGUCGAAUCUGGGGACGAGCUUGAGGUCGGUGAGGAAUCAGCCGAGGAUUCAGACGAAAGCGAACCGGAGGGAGGAGAAGGACCACCGUUGAUAUAUGUACUGAAUCUGGUGAACACGAAACAAGACAAGACUGCCAAAAGAGGGGCAGUGGUGAAGGCUAUGGCGAUUUGCACCAGGCAUCCUUUCUUACAUAUAUAUAAGCCCUUAUUAUUACUAGCCCUAGAGGAAUACUUCAAAUCGCCACAUCCAGCAACGCUGGCAUUGUUGUACGAAGCCGUCAAUACCAUGGACUUAUCCCUUAUGCCCAGACUGACUCUGUUGGAACGAUACCUUCUACAGGCCAGCGAUAACAAAGACCUCUUUGUGGAGAAAUUCGAACAAAUGAUUCAGAUGAGGAUGGCUGAAGAAAGAGGUGAAUCACCUGAAAACGUGACAGCCAUGUCUGAGAGCCCUGAAAAACGAAUGGACUUGACCAGAAAUGGGACAAAAGCACACGUCGUUGCACACGGAAUGUACUCUGUGCCGAGGGACACUCACGAAUUUGAGACGAAAGUAAUGUAUAACGGCAUUCCGAUCCCGAUCAAAGUCCCUGUAGCAAUCUCCCCCGAGACUGUUGGCGACUUCUCCUUGAUCAAACUUAUUCAAACCUUCUCCGAUCCACAUACGAAAUCUCCACAAGCAUUUUCCCUUCAUCCACAUCUCACAACUAGUGGCGCCUAUACACAUCCUAUCAUCGUCUUGGCCAAUGCCAUGUUGACCCAAAAACGGGUCAUAUUCCUGGGUCACAACCGUCCAUCUGGUGAAGUUGCAGAGGCUGUGCUUGCGGCUUGUGCGUUGGCUUCAGGCGGUAUUCUUCGAGGCUUCACUCGACAUGCUUUCCCAUAUACGGAUCUUAGCAAGAUUGAUGAUCUUCUAAAGGUUCCUGGCUUCAUUGCCGGUGUUACAAACCCCACGUUUGAGAAUCAUCCAGAGUGGUGGGAUCUUCUUUGCGAUUUACCAACGGGUCGGAUGAAAAUCAGUAAUAGAAUCGAUGGCGCGCCUCUGACAGAGGGAUUGGCCAACUUCCAACAACAAAAUCCUGGUUACGUGGCCGCCGUGAAUACAGCUGCAAAUGGUACAGCUUCCAAUGAUCCCACAGGUGAUGCUACUUUCAUGAGUGACGUCCUUCGCAGUGUGGCCGCUCGUCAUGGGGAGGGUGUCAUCCGUGCAAAGUGGCGAGACUGGGUUGAGAAGUUUACAAGGGUCUCCGCAGCCUUCGAAGAGACGGUUUACGGGGCCAGUGCCCUUUAUAUCGGAGUUGAAGAAGCAGAACCCGGCAAUGAAAAUGUUAGUGGCCAUGGAUAUGUCUGGGGUGAUGAACCAUCGAAACUAAGAGAGCUGGCUGGCGGGGUCCAUCGCAUUGAAGGAUGGAGAAACACGAGGAGCUACUUCAGCUUCAAACAGGACCUUGCCCAACUCUACACUUUUCGCCCGUUGAAGUCACUCGAUCUUCACCAUUUGCAUGACCGUUUGCGUUUGACGAAACUCUCGCCAGGCAUCAGUAGAGAAAUUUACAUGGCGUUGUCCAAGUAUACUCAUUCAUACGAUGAGAUCUGCCAGCUGCUCACUGUCGCGCCUGAAUCUCAUGCUGGUUUGUUCUAUGUAGCUUUGGGGUUGUUUCACAAAGAUAGGGAUGUGAGAUUGAAGGUCGUUGACUUACUGGAGAGAAUCGCCGAGCAUGAAGCAGGUCGACAUUGGUGGAAGGCUUUGAGUCGCUUUGAGAAGCUGGCCUACUACCGAAUACGACGAGAAGCGGAAGCGGAAAUGAAGUCCAAGUUAGGGGAAAAGGAGAGCCUCGGCGUCGGUAAUGGACAAGCAAUGAUGGUUGAGAGGAGAAUCUCAUGA